AUGGUGAACGGUCAGUGUAUGCUUUGUGAUUUGGGGAAACCUCCAUUUCUACACCAUGUCUAUCACAAUAACAACUAUUUGCAACUUUGCACGUCUUGUUUACUCAACGUGUAUCGUGGAGCCUAUUGUCCAAUUUGUUUCCAAGUCUAUGAACCAGAAAAUCCCAACCCCUCUUCAGAUCUAGUCAAUUGCUAUUGCUGCCCGGCAAUCACUCAUCUCUCCUGCAUUAAUUCUGGAGCAGCCGCAACCUCAACCUCCAUCUCUAUAACCAUCCGGGGGGUCCCAUACAUAUGCCGUUCUUGUGCUGAUCCAAAUUUCAAUUUUUUCAAUCUUGGUGCAGAUGAGAAAACUAAAAUGUUAAUGAUUGAUCAGCAUUUCGCAAAUCAGCUGAUAGCUGCAUCGGUGAUUUCUGAGCGGACGAUGAAGGAGGCUGCUGAAUUACACAGGCGUUGGGCUGAGAUGAAGGCUGAGGAGGCUUUGCAGGCUCGAAAGGAAGCGAAGCUAGCUAUAGAAUUCUUGGCACAGAUGACUUCCCAGUUCAAUGUGUCAAAUAAUAGUGAAGAUGCACCAAUUAUCUCAAUUUCAAGUUCAUCUUCUGAGUUCAAUGAGUCAGAUAAUAGCGUAGAUGCACCAAUUUACACAAUUUCAAGUUCGUCUUCUCAGUUCAAUGAGUCAGAUAGUAGUGUAAAUGGACCAAGUGAGUCAAUUCCAAGUUCAUCACAUAGCAGAGAAAGUAAAAACCGAAGAUCGGACUCGACGUAG